AUGCGAGUCUACUCAUCGAUCGACUCCAGCAAUGCCCUCGCCUUCCACAACGGUCGCGUAUAUACCAUCAACAGCGACCAACCCUGGGCCGAGGCAUUCAUUGUAUCCCCGACGGGGAUCAUCGAACACAUUGGUAGGAACGCAGAUAUCUUGGAAAUAGCCUCGGCUCGCGGCCUCAUCCAAUAUGACCUUCGCCAGCGCUUCGUCAUGCCGGGCAUCCACGACGCCCAUACCCACCUUCUCGUCGCCGGCCUCCAAGCGCUGAACGAAGCCCGCAUCGGCUUCGACUCCACACCCGACAACCUCACGUCUCGACUCGCGAAGGGUUCGUGCGCAUGCGUCUACGCUAAUGUCACAGGGGACUGGCUUAUCGGAAACUUCUACCAGGCCAGCCAUUUCCCCAACGGCGUGCCCGAUCGCAAAUACCUAGAUGGUCAGUACCCGGACCAACCCGUGCUCAUCCGCGAAGUCUCCUGCCAUCGAAUCUUACUGAACACGGCCGGGCUCAUUCGUGCGGGAAUCGAUCCUAAUGGUGCCCCGGAUCCAGAUGGCGGGUACUACGUCCGCCGACAAGACGGGAUAACUCUGACGGGGGAAGUAGUGGAGAACGCCAUGACAGCUGUCUUUGACUGUCUGCCCAUUCCGCCCUUGGCGCAUGUCAAACGCGCGAUCCACCAUGCGGUGUCUAUAUGCCACAAAUUUGGGAUCACGUCGUGCCAGGAAGCGUCGGCGAAUACCCUGUACCUACAUGCUGUGCGAGAAUUGGAGUUGGAGAACCGGCUGGAUCUGGAUAUCCAUACGCAUAUUGUGUCAGCACCGGUAUACUUUGCCAUGGAGCCACAGGACAGCCUGGCUGGAUUGAUCGAUGUGGCGGAGGGGUUCAGAAGCCGACAUGUGCAUACUCAAUUUGUGAAGUUCUGGCUGGAUGGCGCACCUCUGCCUCCGGAAUUCACGCAGGCGGAUCUGGAUGCGAAUGGUCAGCCAAUCCCCACACAUUUGGCGGUGGAUAAGGAUUUCCUCUAUAAAGCUGUGAAAAAAUACGAUGGCCGGGGCAUGACAUGUAAACUGCACGUCGCCGGCGAAGGAUCUGCUCGACUCGCGCUGGAUGUCAUCGCCAAGGUCCGGGAAGGGAAUCCGGCUGGUCCCAGACACGAGCUUGCCCAUUGCAAUGCCGUGCACAAAGAUGACAUCGCGCGGUUUGCUCCGUUAAACGUGACGGCGGAAAUGUCACCCGCCAUCUUCCAUCACGAUGUAGUGGAAGAGUAUCCCGAACUCAACAAAUGGGCGUUCAACGGGGUGCUUGCGUCGGGCGCACUCAUGACCAUUGGCUCGGACUGGAUGCUCCCUGAGACGCCAUCAUUAUUUGAUGCACUUGCUGCGAUUGUUGAACGCGUCCGAUACAAACCUGGAGGGAAAUGCCGGCGCCUCGGGUUGGGAGAGACGGCGAUGCAACGCGGAGGAGAGAUCCUUUGUCGCGUGCUGACGCUCAGCGGAGCAGAGGCUGUUGGGGCGCAUCAUCGCACUGGCAGUUUGGAAGUGGGCAAGGUGGCCAAUUUCAUUGUUGUUGAUCGGGAUUUGAGCCAAGGGAAUUUCAAGUGUGCGAACGUGCUGGAGACGUGGUUUGAGGGGAGGAAGCUGCUCGAGUUUAUAGCGCAAAAGCGUUUCCACCAGCGGAUUGUCUUGCCUGCUACUACAGAGCAUGGGCGUCUCGCGGUUACCUACGCAGACAUCGGGCCCCAAACAAAGAAAGAUGGCUCACCCACCCCAACUAUGCUGCUGAUUCAGGGGAUGGCAGGAUCACGGCUCUGGUGCUGCCAGAAAGACCACCUAGCCAACAAACUGGGGGUCAGAAUGUUAUCCAUCGACCGGCCCGGCAUUGGCGGGUCAACUCCCGUCCCCCCUGAAAAACGAGUCAAAGUAUGGCUGGAAACAGUGUCAGCUGUGCUGGAACAUCUAUCCAUCAAGCAUGUCGUCCCGAUAUCUCACAGUGCCGGCACUAUCUACCUCUUGAAUCUACUGUCUCGUCGGCGCGACCUUCUCUGGCCGAAAAUGCCAUUGGCAGUACUGAUGGCGCCGUGGGUGGAGCCCAAAUACUCGGACAUUCUCUCCUUACAAAUGGCCAAGAUGCUGCCUACUGGCGUCCUGAAGCAAUGGAACAAGGUGAUGAAAUUCGUGGUCACCAAAGCAGCGCCUUCUCUCAGUUCGAGUGUGGAUAUUCUCUCCUCGAUGGGCGGCAGUAUCCCCCGUGGGUCCACAGAAGACAUUAAUCACAGUGAACCCAACCUCACGGCAGAUGAGAUAGGCCCACGGACCGCCAAACAGUUGGAGAACUUGUGCGUUGAGUAUAUUUUCCUGGAAGAUACCACAGGAAUGAACGAUGAGGCUGUCGUCUGCCUGAAGAAGACAGCCGGGUUGUGGGGAGCCUGCGAAGAUCUGCCGAUCUAUAUCCGCUGGCUGGUGCAGGCCGAAGAAUGGUACAAACAAGGCCACCCGGAGGAGCAGAAACCUUUGCAGGUCAAGGCCAUUUUUGCAGAGAAGGAUGGGAUGAUUGGACCCCAAGGACAGAAAUACUUCGAGAACUGCUUCGCCCCUAUCAAUCUCGAUAAUGUGGUUUCUUUUCAGUCGGUCAUGGAGAAAGGGACAGGACAUGACACCCUCUGGGCCUCGGAAACAGGAGCAUUUCUGAAGGUGCUGAAAGAUGUUAAAGACGCAAUGUCCCAAUGA